GUUUUCUUGCAUUUUGUAAUUUUUUUGUCUGACACAAUUGAUCAUAGUUUUUAAUAUAUCAAAGCAAAAGGGAACAUUUCAGUCCAGAAAGAAACUACAGGAGCGGCGUCAGCGAUGAACUUAAAUAAAAGCCAAAUGGAGAAACAGGAGCGUGUCACAGAAGGUGUCGACGACAGUGAGAAGGAAGGUGUCAAUCGGAGUGAGGGGCAGAAGUCUCAUUCAGAAAAAUAUUCCAGAACUAUCUUGGCAGUUAUUAUUCUCUCGACAACUGCCGUCAGUGUAAUGUUUGCUGUUUAUCAAAUAACAGCCUCAAUGUUUCCCGUACCAUCAACAACAGCUGAGUCCAACACAUUUGUAGAUGACGACUACUCUUCUAUGGCUGCUCUCGUCAAUGACAGUAUUGACUACAGCGUGAAUCCGUGUGAUGACUUCUACCAGUUUGCUUGUGGAAGUUGGAUGAAGAGACAGAAGAUACCGAGUGGAAAAUUUCAAACCAAUCAAUAUGAAAUAUUAAGCGAGGAAACUAACAGCAUAGUCAAAGCAUUGCUGAAAGCCCCAGCGAAAGAAGAAGAACAUCCCAGUAUAAGGAAUGCCAAGUUCUACUACAGCUCUUGCAUGAAUGAAGAUUUAAUCAAUACUAUGGAAGGAAGUGCAAUCAAUGAGAUUCUCAUCCAGCUGUUUGGUGGCUGGCCUCUGACUUACAGACUGUGGAAUGAGAGCCAAUUUAAUCUUGAGGCCACAGUCAAAAACUUGAGUGCCAGUGGUGUUGAAGCUUUAUUUAAGUUCUUCGCCCUUGAAAGACUAGAGGACAACACAAAGUAUGUCUUGUUUCUUGAGCGCGGAGAUUUUUCAGCUCUAGAUUCCAUGAAUGUGUCCAACCUAGAUGGACAGUUGGACAGUUAUGAACUCUUUAUCUUUGAAGUUGGGAAACUGCUGGGCUUGUAUACGGACAGGGAAACUGUGGUCAUGAAUGAGAUUCAACAAAUGGUGGCGUUUGAAUUAGAGUUAGCGGAAAUUCAAGACCAAAACAAAAACAAUUUUUCUUUUCAAGAAACGGAAGAAUUUGAUGAGAAUCUUACGCAUAAUGUUGGUGAGAAUAAUAACUAUUACACGAUUAAAUACUUACAAGACAUGACUGGUUACGCAUUUGAUUGGAUGAAGUUUAUCACGCUGGUAAUGACGUCGCCGGAAAUAGGAGUGAAUGACGUCACGGAAAAUGAGGAAAUUUAUUGUUUUUAUCCUGAGUAUUUCAAAAAGAUGGCAAAUGUGAUAGCUAAGUCUUCUCACAGAACAGUUGCCAAUUAUUUAGUUUGGAAAUUUAUUUUGAACUGUAUAAAACAGAUGACGCUGCCCAGGAAAUACUUGGACCUUUAUCUGACACACUUGAGUUACAUGAAUGAAAGUACUCAGCGUUCGGAAGUUUGUUUUGACGCCACGAAGGCGGCGAUGAAGUAUGCUGUGGACAUGAUGUACGCCAAAGAGUAUUUCCACCAGGACUCUAAAGUUGUGAUACUAAACAUGCUGAGACAACUGCAAACGGUUAUGGAUUUACGUUUGGACGCUAAUGAUUGGAUGGACACAAAGACAAAGAUGGCUGCACAGGACAAGAACAAACGUACAGAUUUUCAAGUUGGUUACCCGGAGGCGCUCGGUAACGACAACUAUCUUGAACAGAUAUAUGUGAAUUUUACUUUCACAAACGACCUUUUCCUGUUCUCAUUUUUGGAGGUGCAAAAGGAACUUUUAUAUAGUAAAUUACGUUCUUUAAGGAAGAAGCCAGAUGACCAAAACUGGCCGCUGUCUAUAACAGAAGCCAACGCUUUAAAUUUACAGACAAAAAACCAAAUCAUUAUACCUGCUGGUGUUUUGAGACCACCAAUUUUUCACAAAAACUUUCCAAGGUCAAUGAAUUACGGCGCCAUUGGUUUUCUGAUGGGUCAUGAGAUGGUGCAUGGUUUUGACAGUGAUGGCAGUAGGUAUGACAAGGAAGGACACCUGGCCAACUGGUGGACCAAUUCUUCUAGAGACAAUUUAAUCGAAAAAGUGCAAUGCCUCAAUGACGAGUUUAGUCAUUUCUGGAUUAAAGAGAUGAACGCGACAAUUGAAGGCGUUAACAAUGAGCUAGAAAAUAUUGCUGACAAUGGAGGAAUCAAGCUCGCUUACAAGGCUUAUAGAUUGUGGGUAGAAUCAGAAGGAAAAGAAGAGACUCCAUUACAAUCUUUGAGUUUCACACACAACCAGAUAUUUUUCUUGAGUUUUGCACAUAGUUGGUGUCACGUCAUGGAUAAAGACUUAUUAGAUAAAGACCUAUCACAAUGGUUUAUAAGUUUCAGCACACACAGUCCAGCUAGGUUUAGAGUCAUCGGGCCACUUCAGAACUUUGAGGAGUUUUCAGAAGUCUUUUCGUGUCCAGUUGGCUCCUACAUGAACCCGGAAAAGAAAUGUCACAUAUGGUGAUGGCAAAUGUCAAAAUGAUCUGAUUUAAAGUAAUCAAAUGGAUUGUUACAAUAUCAAUAAAAUGUUAAAUAAACAUGUACACAAUGUA